AAUGUAAAUCAAAACUGGAAUAUAAAUACGAACAUUUUGGGCAAGCGUCAUCGCAUUAAGCAUAAUCGUGACGAGCGCCAUAAGCAAAACAUAAUGGGAGACACGACGGCCACGGAACAGAAGACAUUGGAAGAGAUGGUCAAAAAAGAAGAAUUGACGAAUUGUGCGAGCAAGAUCAAGAAGAAUCAAAGAUACACGAGUAGCUUCUUUGUGAAUACAACGGACGCUAACCGCGAGCUAAGCGUGGAGAAAGAGUUUCACGAUGUGGUUGGCAACAAUUCCAAGGUAAAGAAAUCGAGUAGCGUUCACGAUGGUGAGGACAUCACCUUGUGUUGGAUUGAAACGACAACUAUAAAGGAGGACAAAUCCUUGCGACCGCCAAAGAGAUUGGUUAUUCGCGAGUACACGAUCUCCUUUGAGAAUUCGGCAACCAUACCGGAAAGAUAUCUCGAAUGCAAAAGGUUUGAGGGAGAAUUAACGACUAACGAUCCCGAUGUCGGUAAAACGGUCCUGUUUGAAGUUAUAGAUGAAGACACGAUGGUCAGUAGAAUUGUCAAUUUCACAUCGGUUAAACAUGUUGGUAAUAUUGUCAUCUGGCAACACAAAAAAGUAAAAUGCGGCGUCGGCCCAGUGGUCAGUAAAAAUAUUAUAGAGUUGACUGACGACUCGAAGAACCCGAAGAAGAGGGUGGAGAUUAAAGUUAGUCCCAAGAUUAAUCAAUUGACGGCAAUGACAACCGAGGAGGAACCCUGCACAGAAAGCACUACUGAACACACUACUGGAUUAUCUUGUGAAAAUGGAGCUUGUAAAGUAACCACGACCUCUCCUAGUAUUUCAAUAAAAAGUGACGAAAUAAUCAGCAAGCAGCAGAGUACAACUGUAAGCGAGAGCAAAGAAGAUCACAGUUUAUCUUUAGUUACGAAGUCAUCUAAUGAAGAGGUAUCCAGAAGAUCAACAACGUCUCCUAAAAUAACAACUAUGAUUGAAGAAUCUCAUGAAAAGGUAGACUGCGAGGAGAAUUCGUCAGAUCCAGUGUGCUUAACGCAAAUACAUGGUACGGUUUCCUCGGAAGAAAUAUUUUCUGGAUCAAUAGUUACAGAAGCAUCCACGAAAACAACUGCAUCAGCCGAAAUAUCAUUAAUUAGUGAUACAGAAGUAACUUCAAAAGAAGAGAUAUCUUACUCUUCUAUCAAGAAGAGUCUAGAGGAAAUCACGCAGAUAGACCAAGAAAAGGGAAAAGUUACUUCUGAUUUAGAAACUAAAGAGACAACUCCGCUUGUGACAGCUAUUUCCGUGACAGAUAGUUCCGAAGACAUAGAGUCGUCGGAAGAGUACGUUUUUCAAUCAACGGAUGAAACAUCUGUUAAGGGCAGUAAUACUACGCCUUUGGAAACAAAGAUUACCAGCCAUGCACCUAGAGAUGUACAAUAUUCAAAGUCCGAAGAAGGCAGCAGUGAGUAUAACUCUAUUGAACUGACAAGCAAAGAAUUAGGUGAAGUUGUUUCAUCUUCGAGCACGUUUAUAGAGACUUCGGAGGAAGUUGAUACUGAGUCAGGUGUUACAACUGCGAUUUCACCUAUUGAAUUCAUUGAAACAAAGGAACCUGAUAAACUUGAUCAGAUCUUGAAUAAGUUAACUGAACCAUCAGUUUCGACUGAAAGUGUAAUUAAAACUGAAGAGUCUUCAUUGACGUCUAAAGAAGUGUCCUCCAUGGAAAGUGAAGAAAGUGUAACCAAAACUGUAAUUAAAGAGUCUUCAUCGACGUUGGGAGAAGUGUCCUCCACGGAAAGCGAAGAAAGUGCAACCGAAACUGUAAUUGAAGAAUCUUUAUCGAUGUCCGAAGAAGUGUCCUCCAUGAAAAGCAAAGAAAGUGCAACCGAAAUUGGAAUUGAAGAGUCUUCAUUAAUGUCCGAAAAAGUGUCUUUCACGAAAAGCGAGGAAAGUCUAACACCUGCAAUCAAAAAGACAACAAUAGUUAGACAAAAGCCUAGUGGGGAAGAAGAAUUCAUUUCGACAAUUAGAACAACGUCACCAACAGUGAUCAAAACAACAACUUCUUCACCGGUGACAAGCAGCGAGAUUGAGACUUCGUGCGAGAACUCUGUGGAGUGCAUUAGUUUUGAAAAUUGCGACGAAUCCGGAAGUUGUGGCGAAACGACUGCUAAAUGCGACUCAGAAAUAUGUUCCGAGGAAGAAGUCACAGAGUCUCAAUCAAAAUUUGACAAUAUUUCUUCGCCCAAAUCAACGAAAAUUCCGUUAUCCGCAACUGAUUUGCAAUCAUUAGAAGAAUCAACAAUGAUAAAGAAUCAGUAUACGACUAUUGCGACAAACAUAUUGACAUCUGAAGAGAGUGAGAAUUGGACGAUUGUUAACGUUCCCAACACGACGGACACCCAAAGAAGUACAACGCCUCCGCACAAACUGACUUUGAGGGUCAAGGUUUUCCUGGAGCACAUUAACGAGAAUAAUGAGAAACGCAAUUUAGUCGAGGUGGAGAAAAAUUUGUCGCUGGAAGAGAAUCCAAUACAUCAUGAUAAUCCCGAUUUACUUGAGCAAUUGAAAUCCUUGAACAAAUCUGUCAACAUGGAGACCAUAAACGCAUUGCUGAAUUGUACUAGUUUGGGAAAUUUGACGAGAGAUUCAAAACUCAUCAGCAAAAAAGCAGAUGAUACUGUUGAGGACAGUGAUGCAGAAUUGGAAUUUAAAAAUUCCGAGCUCGAAGAUUCAAUGUCAGAGAAGUUCAUUUCUGGCUUAUCUGAAUAUCAAGACCAUCUCGAAUAUCAAGAUGAAUCAUCUCGAAGACGAAGACGAAGAAGUCUUAAUGAUGAGAUUAAAGUUCUAAAUAGACUUAAACGAAGUCCUUAUGAAUCCACUGAUUCUACGGUUGAUUCUGUAAAUAUUACACAAUCUCUGCACACUGAAUCGACGACCGAUAAUUCCUUUUCAACAACGGCAAAUUAUUCCGAAAAAGAAACAACUUACGUAGAAAAUGAACAAAACGUAACUAAAGCAGAAAGAAAUGAAAGCACGACGCCUACUACAUUGAUGAAUACCAUCGAUAAUAUUGACCUUUCAAAUGCUUCAGAAUCACAUGAUGCUAAUCUGACGACAGAAAACGUACAAUUAAUUAUCGCGACGACAAAUGAACCUGAAGAAGUAACAAAUCAUACUGUAUUAUUAAAUGAUGUAACAGAAAAGGAAUAUAUAGAAGAAAAUGUAACUAACGACAGAAUUGAAAGCACGGCGUCUUCGAUAAACAAAACUCUCAGCAAUGAAACGAAAAUGGACGCCCUACUAGAGACUUUACCGGGAAUACAGGAAGAUGUUAUAGCUGGAUUGCAUCACAUGAUAACACAAUUAAAAAGUAAUCUUACCGCUAUUCAUACCAAUAUUAAAGAGGCAAUGAAAACAAAUUUGUUAAGUAUUUUAGCGAAUCCCAAAGAUAAAAGAAUUAAUUUGAGAAGAAGAAGAGCGGCCACGGAAGAAGUCGGAUACUGGUCAAACGAAAGGAUCAAGGAGUCGCCGAUGGGUGGCAAUGUUAGAAGUGUCACUGAAUUCACACUGUACAAAGUCCUUCGUUGAGUAGAUGUAAGACAAAUUUUAUUUUGUUAUUUUCUAAUAUUAAAAGAUACUUUCAAUCAAACUGAAACGAGAGAUUAAUUAGGGAUUAUUGUGUGUAUAAAUUUUAUUAUAAUAUAAAUGUAUAUUACUAAAAAAAAUUUUACAAUAUGUAUUAAAUUUUUAUCUUUCAAAACACAGCUGAUGAUUAAAAACGUUGCAGAUUAUUAAAGAUUGCUCUUUAUUUAUAUAAAUAUAAUUUGCCAAUUUACAGAGGAAUGUAAUAUGUAUUUAAGAUCACAAAAGAAAUGUAAUUGUUAUAAUGUAUUAUAU